CGAGGUCAGGGGACUUUGACGAUGUAUUCGGUGUCUUUACUUUUGUGUUUAUUUUUAAUGUCGCAACAGGAAUCGAUUAGAUUUUAGCUCGGGAGGGAAGUACAGCUCAGGAUUGCUGACUCAGUUAUAUAAUUGUUUUAUUCCGAGCGCGUAUAAUUGUCAGCAACGGGUAUUUGUUUUGCCCUCUUCGAAUUUUACUUGCGGACUUCUCAAAAUGGCGUCCGUUUUUCGAAAACUGGUUAGACGUGAAUCCCGCAACGGAGAAGGUAGCGAUAAGAGUGGGUGUAAAACAAAGGGAAACUCGGACCUCAAGAGCGAAAGAAAGGAUGGGGAAUUUAGCAAUCAAACUCAAGAAAGCAGUACAGAAACAAGACACCUAAAUUCUUUGCCGGCGAAAACCGCAGGGAGUAAUGGUGUGAAAACAAGCGAUGUGAAUGAAAUGUCUUCCUCUCAUGCUCAAAGGGUUCGAGCAAAGCGACUCAUGAAAGAAUUUCACGAUGUAACUGUGCGUUGUGACAACAAAUUAUUUUCAGCAGAACUUGUGGAGGAUAAUCUUUACGAAUGGAACGUGAAAUUAUACAAAAUCGACACAGAUAGUUUGUUAUAUAGGGAUAUGGUUGAAACUGGAACCAAGUUCAUUCUAUUGAAUAUUACAUUUCCCGAUAAUUUUCCCUUUGCGCCUCCGUUUAUGCGAGUUUCUGCGCCGCGAAUCGAAGGAGGCUUCGUUUUAGACGGUGGAGCGAUUUGUAUGGAGCUAUUGACUCCCAAAGGAUGGAGCAGUGCUUAUACUGUUGAGGCUAUAGUGUUACAGUUCUCUGCUGCCGUUGUGAAAGGUCAAGGACGAAUCGACCGAUCAACCAAAAAGGCAUUCUCUAAGAAAGAGGCAGAAUCUGCUUAUAAACGAUUAGUGAAGACGCAUGAGAAAUAUGGCUGGGUAACACCACCGAAAUCAGAAGGUUAGAGCUGUAAGAAAUGUUGUGUUCAAUCCGGUGGAGGUAUUUCCAGUGGAUCCUACUGAAUCAAGACCGGCUUAUUUUCAAUUCGCAAAAUUUCUAAAUCGAUAUUGUGGUUCGCUGGUCAGCAACAAACAUUCUGCAUCAGGCUGAUUCUAAAUGAAGUUUGCACUCAUUGAAUCACUCAGAAUUAAGAGAUUGUCAAUUGGAUAAUUUUUUUUCGGAGAUUCAGAAAUUCUUUUAUUUUUGAAUAACACAUCACUUAGUGGUAAAUGCUGAAAAACAGAGUAAAAUCAUGUUUCAUUUACUUAUUUCAAACUUACUUGUGCCUCCUGCCACAUCACAUUUUCUAGUCAGGUCUUAAGUAGUUUUUUGGACAAGUUCUAUUCAAGAGAAAGUGGAUCAAUUGGAAAUUCAAUCAUAGAAAAGGUAUUGAUGGAAAGUUCUGUUAACUAUAGGCCUCUUUUUCUCCUUAUAGCACAACCUUUUUAAUGUGUACUCAAUAAAAUAAUGUAUAAAGUUAUACCCAAGUAAAAAUUAAAAAAAUGAAUAGGCAAAAUUUUCCUAUUGAAAAGCAACCAGCAGAUAAUUUGUAAAUAUGCCACUGCAUUUCAGUCACAAUUCCUUUUUUUUUGUUAGUUGUUGUGCUAUAGAAGCAGUAAUUUGAUUCACACAGCACUCUGUUAUGUUCCUUUUCGUAUUAGGAAAAUGUGUUGUGUUUUGUUAAAUCCCUUAAAAAUUAAACUGAUGUCAAAUUAGACAAAAUAUCAACUACAAAGCUAUAAAAAAUAAUAAAUGCAUUUGGCUUUCAUUGUGGUAUGGAGAAGUUAAUGCAAACAUUACAUUGCCACCUGCACCAAAGAAUACAAUGGCUUUAUGAACUGCUUUUUUUUUUACAUCAUCAAGUAAAAUAGAAAUCACUGCAGAAACUCUGUAAAGUAACAAAAUCAAUUUUCAGAAGCAUAAACCACAUGACACUGCAUUAAGUGUUGUAAGUUAUAUUGGAAGGGUAUUUUUUAUAGUCAGAUGUGUCAACAGAUGUAAUUACCAUGUUUCAUUCUGAUAAGCCAGUGCAAGAACAGGGGAACCAUUAGCAGUGUUAA